AUGCGUAGGUAUGGGGUUGGAUUGUGGUUAGUUGGGCUAGUUAGUUUGGGAGUGGUGCUAGGUACUGCUUUAGCGGAGAAUAUUGAGUUAAACCAAUGGCGAGAACAGUCGAGCAGGAGAGACCAUGCAGCUGAGAUCGGUGACUUGUCACCGCAGAUACCAAAAAAGGGCACAAUACAGAGACAGACUAAAGACUUAGAAAGGAAAUGCUUUUGGCGUUUACAGCAUAUGUGGUCCUGUUGUAGUCAACGGCCUAUUUUCAUGUUUCUUAUCUUUGCACUAUCAGUGGCCUCGAUUAUUAUCUUAAUUGCGAUCUUUCAGAACGUGCAGUUAGUGGUUUUAAGAAAAGUAGCUGAGUUAUGCGCGGCAAUAUCGUUCAAACACGAAUACAUCUGCAAUGACUUGAAAACAGGGGUUUACGUGCUUAAUUUCCCACUUAAGAACUUGUCCACUGAUAGAUUAAUAGGAGAGGUGCCGAUCUGUGCACUGCCAACCACGAUUAAGCUGGACGAAGGCAUACCCGUAGGUAGCAAUGUUUCCUAUGCUCCUGCUGGAGUUAAAGGCAGGGUGUUUGGGCUGACGGCUGAUUAUAUCACCGGGGAGUUCAUGAAAAGAUACUUUCAUCCCAACGGAUCCCACUACCUAAACCAAAGUGCGCUGGAUCAACCGGACGGAAUGAAUAGGAAUUUCGUGCUUAAUGUUUGGAAUGCAUUAUACGAAGUCAAUCCCGUGGAAUACACAAAUAUAGCUCAUAAGAUUAUAAGGCAGGGUGCAUUGAAUAUGAGAGGACAUAGUGAUGACGAGGAUGGUGAGGAAUAA